AUGAAGUUGUUUACGCCACCGCUGAUAAAUUCUUUGAAAAUAUAUAGGUGCAAAACAUUGCCUUGUUUGUCAUACCUUCAUCAAAGAAAGUAUUCCAACUUUUUACCUGGUAAAACUGUAAGGAUAGGAUGUGCCAGUGGUUUUUGGGGUGAUACCUCCGUGUCGGCUCCGAAGCUGAUCUAUGGAGGGCAGAUUGACUAUCUUGUCUUUGAUUACCUGGCAGAGGUUACGAUGUCUUUGCUUAUCGGAGCAAGGCACAAGAACAGUGAAAUGGGAUAUGCACCAGACUUUAUUACAGUGGCAAUGGCUCCAUUCAUUAAAGACAUUAAGGGAAAAGGAAUAAAGGUAGUUAGCAAUGCAGGGGGAGUUAAUCCACAUGGUUGUGCUGCUGCCUUAAGAAAAGUCUGUGAGAGUGCAGGAAUCCCAUUAAACAUCGCCGUCAUCACAGGGGAUGAUCUCAUGCCUAAGCUGAAGACACUGCAAGAUGAUGGUAUAGUAGAUAUGCAGUCGGGGAAGCUUUUCCCGAAACCAGUGGUCAGCAUGAAUGCAUACAUUGGGGCCGGUCCCAUUGCCAGAGCCCUGGACCUUGGUGCUGAUGUUGUUAUCACUGGUCGCUGUGUGGACAGUGCUGUAGUCUUAGGACCUCUUGUUCACAGUUUUGAUUGGAAGUGGACAGAUUUCAAUAAUCUUGCUGCUGGAAGUUUAGCAGGUCAUUUGGUGGAGUGUGGUGCUCAGGUAACUGGAGGAAUAUUUACAGACUGGGAUAAAGUACCUGAUUGGGAUAAUAUAGGGUUUCCUAUUGUGGAAUGUGCCUCUGAUGGAACCUUUGUUGUUACCAAACCUGCGGGGACUGGGGGUCUUGUGACGAGGGGAACUGUCAGUGAGCAGCUCGUGUACGAGAUUGGUGACCCAGAACAUUACAUGUUACCUGACGUCUGCUGUGAUUUCUCCCAAGUACAGCUGGAGGAGGUCGAUACGUCUGAUGGCGCGGCUGUGUAUGUGUCAGGAGCCAAAGGUCACCCUCCUACUGGAGAAUUCAAGGUAUGUACGAUAUAUCCUGAUGGUUUUCGAGCCACCGCAGUAGCUUGUGUUGGUGGUGUCAAUGCUAAGGCUAAAGCAGAGAAAACAGCUCAGGAAAUUCUUAAAAGAUGUAGAAGAAUCUUCUCUCAACUUAAUGUUGAUGAUUUCAAAAACGUAAACUUGGAAGUCAUCGGCUCAGAACAUAUCUAUGGACCAAAGAGUCGAGUUCCUCAGGGUGUGAGGGAUGCCCUGCUGUGGUUAGCAGUUCAUCAUAAAGACAAAAAAGCUUUAGAGUUCUUUGCAAAAGAAAUAGCCCCUGCUGGCACAGGGAUGGCUCCUGGAUUAACAAAUAUUAUUGGUGGACGUCCAAGAGUCAAUCCAGUGCUGAAGCUGUUUUCCUUUCUCUAUCCACGGAACAAUGUACAGAUUGACAUUCAUCUGAAUGGAGAGCACGUUGAGCAGUAUCAGUUCCCUGACAUCCCUAUGGCUGAGUACAUGACACAAAAUGUCACGCCCCCAUCUAAAACUGUGGAGGAAUCACUACCAAAGGGAGAAUACUCAUUCAGAUUAGAGGAACUGGCCUACACAAGGAGUGGGGACAAGGGAAAUAGUGCUAAUAUUGGUGUGGUUGCCAGACAUCCUGACAUUGUGCCUUAUCUCAGACAAGCCUUAACUCCAGAGGCUGUCGAAAGCUACUUUUCUCAUCUCUUUGAGAAUGAACACUUACCUACUCACCAGAAAGUACAAAGGGUUGCAUCCUCUCGUUCUGGAAGUUUGCCGUGGUUGUCACGAAGUCAGGGGGAUCGCAGUUGGUAUCCAGGGCGUGCGUGAUUUCCCAGGCAUGAACCUUCACCUGUAGCCAGCUGCGGACGUAGUAUUGUUUGUAGAAGUACUUCACGGUUUGGACCACGGUCUUGCAUCCCAUGUAGUGAAGAGCUUGUCCUUUUCGGCCUAGCUGGAGAGACCUUUCGAUCUGACGUUGAUGUCUCUGAAUCAACUUAUCUGAAAAGCAAAAACAGAAAUUGCAUUAAUCACAUUUAAGUAUCCUGUGUCUUACAUUAGAAUGUUCUGAAAGUACAUUACACAUCAUCAUGUAUAUUGUUCAUAGGGAUUGAUUGAACUAAACACAGAUACAAGACAUCUAACAAUUUUACAUUAUAUUGUUGUCUGAUAGAGAUUUACCCCCCAAUAAAAUCCCUGCUAGUUUGGAUCUCUUUGUAAAUUCAGUAUUGCAUUGUAUCAGUAUAACUUGCAGAUCAUAUAUCCUUUAUUUAUGAAACCCCUAUUACAGCAUACUAAGCAAUUAAUUUAAUACAGUUCUGGAGCAAUUUCUUUAUCUAUAUUCACUAUUGAUUGGGGGAGGGGGUUGAGUUCUAAUCUUAAAUAACAAAUAAUAGAUAUAUACCUUAUUCUUAAAUCCCAAUUACCCCUCAAGAUAUGGCUACAAUUUAGCAACUGUAAUAAUUAUUUUUGUUCCUCAGUUGUAAAAUAUUUUUUAAGACAAAUGUACAAAUGAUGUUCAAGUACAAGUAAUCCUCUGAAUAUUUUUUGAUAAAAUGAUAUACAUGUCGAGUUACACUGUAUUUAAUAUUAGAAAAUGAUAGGAAUUGGGGUUGGGUGUAAAGAAUCCCAUGUUUCUUAUAUAAGGUUAAUUAUACCGUGUAUCAUUUAACACAAUAGCAUGUUCAAUAAAAGCUUACCUAACAGAGCAAUCUCUUGCCUGGCUCUUUCAUGGUAUCUAAGUUGUCUCAGGAGACUGAGGGCAAUAUUAAUAACUUCCAUUUUGGUUCCAGAGGAGAGAUCAGGACAAUAUCAAUGUGUGAAGCAAAGUUCAGUUUUGAUGCAACUUUAAAAAACACCCCUCUUAUAUAGGUACUGUGUUUAUUUGGAGUUACUCAUGGACUCUCAUCAAACGAACUCUUGAGGCCAAAAUUGGGUAAUUAGCCUACUGAGAUCAAAGGAGGACUCCUCUGUAUAAACACAGUUCUAAAGUCCACAGCUUGAUUGUUUAAUUACAGACCUAAAUGAGUGCAUUAAUGUAACUUGUUUGUUACCCUGGAAUUUAAUGAUGGUCAAUUUCAUACAAUUAUGUUUGUGCAAUUUCAACACAUUAAAGAAUUUAAUGUGGAGAUAUACUUAGUUAUUUUUAUAAGUGUUAAAAAUAUAGCUUCUGUGUGUUUUUUUUAUAUAAUUGAAUUUAAUACUUUAGUUAUUUUUAUAAGUGUUAAAAAUAUAGCUUCUGGUUUGUUUUUUUAUACAAUUGAAUUUAGAGUUUUCACUGUAUGUUAUUUUGUCAUCCAUGUGCAAUUUCAACACAUUAAAGGAUCCAACGAAGAGAUAAACUGUUUCAAAAAGUGUUAAAAAUAUAGUUGCUGUGUUUUUUUUACAUAAUUCGAUUCAGAGUUGUAUUUAGAAUUAUUUUGUUGUAGAAAAAUGAAAUCAACAUAUUAAAAAAAAUUGGAAUUGUAGGUAUGAUGUUCCUGGUGUGUGGGGAAUAAAUUUUGUUCUGCAGGAUGUUUUAGGAGGAGGGGGGAUAGCCUCUCUAAGGAGUGACCCUCAG